AUGGAAACCCUGAUAUGUGCCGCUCCCAGCGCUCCCGGCGCUACCACGGCGUCGCCCCCGGAUUCGCUCCCUGGCGUCGGCGCCGGGGUUGGGCACCAGCCUCGCCUGGUCGGCGACCUUAAGCGCCCGCUGAGACUUGAUCUACUCGACGAUACCCAGCUUACCAGUCUCCCGUUAGCGCCGCCGCCGCCGCCGCACCCAGUGGUGCUGGCGCCCGUGAUACGCGAUCGCGCGAGCACCGCCGGCAGUUCCGGCGUCGGCAGCGCUGACGACGACGACACCCUCAGCGUCAACGACACCUUUGACGACGUCGGCGACGACUCGCAGCUAGUGCUUGUCGAAGACUACAUCAGCACGGUGCCGUCGAUCCCGCGCAAACACCUGCUAGCGGUGUUUGUCAGCCAGCUUGUCGAGGACGACCGCGUCGACAUUUCCACUAAGCGGCGCCUUUCAGCGCGCCCCGCCGGCGCCGGCGCCGGGGGCGAGCCGCUCACGGCGAUCUUUGGCGACAUCCCCGCCACCUCCGAGUUGAAGUACUGUGAUCUUUGCGUUAAGCCAUUAUACGAAGUGCUGCUGCUAGCGCAACGGCGCCACCAGCAGUUUGUCUGUGGCGAGUGCAUUGAAACUUACGAGGAAUUUGCCCACGGGUGGGGCGACCACUGUACCAUUAGCCACCCUCCCUUCCCCUUUGAGAAGAGCGCCAGCGUCAACGACGUCACCCCAAAGGCGCUGAAGGCGACGCCGCGACCCUGGCACGCGGCGCUGUGCUCCGACCUCUGCCAAGUGAAGCCGCCCCACGUACGAUUAGUGGAGAUAUUCUCCACUAUCGACCAGAAAUACACUCCCGCCAAGCGCGCCCGGUUUAGCGACGGACUCGUGUCGCGCCUCAGCCAGCUCCAGCAGCUCCCGAGCCGCCCGCGCCCGUCGAAAUGGAGCUGGCGCCAGUCAUCUACUUAA